AUACUCCAUCCCCUUUUUUUCUCCUCCAAUCCCAACCAACAGUAGCGGUUACAGCACUGCCUUUUCUAUCCAAUUAUUUCUGUUUGAGAAUCUAUCUACUUCUUGAGCUUAUAUAUUAAUUUUCUUGAAACAAGGCAACCAACAAUUUUUUGUUUGAGACCAAAAACAAAUACAGAAAAACAAUCAGAGCUAUAUAUCUAGCUAGCCUCAUUCGAUCUUGAUCAUUUUAUAUAUAUAUACACACACACACACACAUAGAUAUGGAGAGAUCUGGUGCAGCAGCAGGCGGUGGAGAAACGAAUAAUAAUAGCAUAGAGAUGAAUGAGGAGAGGCUACUGGCAGAAGUGGCUUUCAAGGACUCCUCAUCCAUGGUCAUUAAAAUCAAGCGAGCAUUGCCCGACUUUUUGCAGUCUGUGAAGCUCAAAUAUGUCAAAUUAGGCUAUGGUUAUUCAUUCAUUAAUCCUCCCUGCACUCUCCUUCUCUUCCUGUUCCUGUCUUUGUUUAUAGCCACUGCCAUCCAUCAGCUCAUCACUGGCCUACCACUCUUCACCCUUUUCUCUGAUAUAUGGAUGAAUCAAACACUUAAUGUCAUGGACACUGCCACCCUCGUAUUCGGCUCAACUCUACUUAUGUUCUUGUUGGCCAUCUACUGGGCCAAGCGACCAACCCCUGUUUACUUGGUUGAUUUUGCAUGUUACAAGCCAGAAGAUGAGAGGAAACUGUCCAUAGAUUCAUUCAUGAAGUUGACAGAAGAAAAUGGUGCGUUUGAACAAGACUCAAUUAACUUCCAGAAGAGAAUAUCAUAUCGUUCCGGGCUUGGUGACGAGACCUAUUUCGCAAAGGGCAUCACCUCCAACCCCCCAAUGCUAUCCAUGAAAGAAGCCCGUUUGGAGGCAGAAGCCGUCAUGUUUGGCGCAUUGGAUUCUCUCUUCAGCAAGACAGGUGUUGAGCCUAAGGACAUUGGUAUUCUUAUUGUCAACUGCAGCUUAUUCAAUCCAACCCCAUCUCUCUCUUCCAUGCUCGUCAACCGUUACAAGCUCAGAACAGACAUCAAGAGCUUCAAUCUUGGAGGAAUGGGCUGCAGUGCUGGCCUCAUAUCUAUAGACCUGGCAAAACACCUACUUCAGGCUAACCCUAACACAUAUGCAAUUGUGGUGAGCACAGAGAACAUAACCCAGAAUUGGUAUUUCGGCAAUGACCGCUCAAUGUUGCUGUGCAACUGCAUAUUUCGGAUGGGGGGCGCAGCCAUUCUGCUGUCAAACAAGGGCAGAGACAGGCGGCGGUCAAAGUAUGAGCUGGUUCACUCGGUACGAACCCACAAAGGAGCGGAUGACAAUAGCUAUAACUGUGUGUACCAAAGAGAAGAUGACAAGGGCAUAGUUGGAGUUUCGUUAGCUAGAGAACUGAUGGCGGUGGCUGGGGAUGCAUUAAAGACGAAUAUAACGACGUUAGGGCCUCUAGUUCUGCCAUUCUCGGAGCAGUUGAUGUUUCUUGUAACGUUGGUGAAGAGAAAGGUGUUGAGAGCUAAGGUGAGGCCUUAUAUACCAAACUUCAAGCUCGCAUUCGAGCACUUCUGCAUACACGCGGGGGGGAGGGCAGUUCUUGAUGCGAUUCAGAAGAAUCUGCAACUUACGGAGUGGCAUAUGGAGCCAUCAAGAAUGACGCUGCAUCGCUUUGGGAACACAUCUAGUAGUUCACUGUGGUACGAAUUGGCAUACACAGAAGCAAAAGGUCGGGUUUCCAGAGGUAAUAGGGUGUGGCAGAUUGCAUUCGGGUCGGGUUUCAAGUGUAACAGUGCUGUCUGGAAAGCGUUGAGGGAUAUCCCUGCUAAAGAGUGCAGGGGUAGUCCAUGGUACGAUUGUAUUGAUAAGUACCCAGUAGAGGUGCCACCUAUUGCAUAGUGAGUGCGUGCUAAGAAUGUUGAGCUGAGCUGCCCUGCCGGCCUGCAUGCACCCUUCUACUUUGAUAUUCUUAAGUAUUAUUACUAUAUAUUAGGGAAACUGGAACUCUUAUAAUAUAUCUAUGUAUAAGCAUUUAAAAGACCUUCUGAUCAUCAGUAUUUAUCAAUAUGUAUGUAGCUAGGAAGGAAUCUGUUUCAAAUUUUUGAGUUAA